AAAAGAAUAACUAGAGACUUGAGCCAGGCCGGCGACCAGAGGGACGAUGACGCGGAGGGGAAACCGGUAGGUUCAGUCAUAUCCGGUGAUCCGCAAGUUGCCUUCACCAAUCGAGGCGGUUCACUAUCGCUGAACCACUCUGGCUAUCUUUUUUUCCCACCCGCGAUCAGACUUUCCGCUCGAACAUGGGCGCCAUUGAAGGCACCAUGGAGAGUCCGCUGGUGGUCUGCUGGUCCGAACGUCCCGACCUAUUUACGAUGUGUACCGAACACCAGCUUUGUUUGCUAUUGUCCCUCCUCUCGGGGUCUCUCUGUGUGUCCUCCGCAGGCGCGCCAUGUGAUGGGGGCCGGUUCGCUACUAGAUACAGUCCAGGUACGGAAAUUCUCUCUCCAGUACUUUGUUUAGUUGAAUCCUUAGCGCCAAAAGAGGGGGCUAGGCCUCGACCAGGACCGGAGAUCGUGACGUCUGAUCUGCUGUGCCCGGGGGCCGAAUUUGACUCAUUCUGAGGCCUUAGAAGCGGGACGUCCGGCACAGGCUGGGAACCAAACCAGUGCGGGCAUCAGAUGUCCAGGCUGCUUUCCCCCUUGACUUCAUUCCCCCUAGGAGGGUGAGACUAAUCCCGGUAGGUACGAAACCUGGAGCGGUCGGAUCCAUGGGCUCAGUUCGUGACAGCCCCGAAGCGCUGCGAGGCUGCCGACAAUCGCUGCAAAUCCGUUUUGUUGUCAAUGCGGGGGAUUCUUGGCUGCUGGUGGUGAUAUCAUCGGGGCGCAACGGGAAGGAUUUUGACUAAUCCUGAGUAGUCGAGGCUUGGUGGUUCAGGUUGGUGCCUGUCCCGGCUGACCUGGCCUCGCUGGCGAUUCUGCUUCUGCUCCUCUGCUAGAGCCUAGGGGACCAUCCCACACCAUUCCCCAGGUCAAUGGGGGGCGAACGACACAUAGCCCUCAGGGCUUCCGUCGGAUUCGCGACCACUCUCCGACUGAAGAAUGGAUGCAGAAAGCUAAU